GAAAAACACGCUAAAUAAAUAAUUUCUUAACAAGGUGAAACUGUCGCGUAAGCGCGUGUGUUAUCCAACAACUAGCUCCAGUUAAAGUUAUAAAAGAAAAUCGCUGUGUAUUUGUAUCUAUAACACCAAAGCAUAAAUUUGAUUACAAUGUUAAGCGCAGACCGAAUGUAAAAACUUGGGGGCCAGCGCACACACGCUAGCGCGUCAGAGCGUUGACGGCGGCGUCGACGUCAGCGUUGGCGCAGCAGCCCGCAUUGUGUAUAAUACAAUUUGCACAGAAGCAAAAAAUCGGAAUGAAAAGAGCCGAGCAGCGACGUUGACGCAGCAGCGAGGCUGAUGCCAGCAAAGAUGUGCGCGCACAAUACGAAAAAUUACAAAGCAGACUUUUGGGAGCGGCAAAUGGCCGAAAUCAGCAGCAGCUGCAGCGAUAGAAGCAGCAGCAGCCAGCAGAAUCCAGCAGCAGCAACAACAAUGUCAACGCUACAACGGAGCGUUCGCAAGUGAAUAACAUAGUGGUGGGAGUUGAAGCACACAUAUAAACCGAGUGCCAAAGCGACAGAGCGAGCGAGAGAAAGAGAGAGAGGGAGUGCAAGAGCUUGCCAGAGAGUACGAAAGCACGAGAGCUUGCGCCGCAACGUAAGCGCCCAUGACCAGUACGAAAAUGCUCAGAAGUCCGACGACAUCGCGAGCGCGUGGGUGCAACAAGGAUAAGCAGCUGCAGCAGCAGCAGGACGACCGCCUGACCAUUUAGAAAUCACAGCUCAAGUAAGCAAAAGCCAGACCAGGCACAUCUUGUGCACAAUCUAUAGUGCAUUCUCAGGCGAGGCAGUAAAUUCAAAUCAGAGCAAAUCAAAUAUCACGCACACGCCAUGGAGCCAGUCAUGAGCUUGGCACUGGCCGCCCAUGGGCCGCCCAGCAUACUGGAGCCGUUGUUUAAAACCGUAACUACGAGCACAAGCACAACAACAAGCACGACGGCAGCCACGACGAGUAGCAGCAGCAGCAGCCCCACCAUCAGCCCCGCCAUAACUACCAGCAGCACCCUGCUGACGGCUCUGCUUGAGAACCUGACCUCAACGGCGGCGAGUGGCCUCUACGAUCCGUAUGGGAACCACACGAACUCCAGCCUGGGCUUUGAAACGAAGGGGCCGAGGUACUCAGUAGCCUCGAUGCUUGUUAUGGGCUUCGUAGCGGCGAUUCUGAGCGCGGUGACAGUUGCGGGCAACCUCAUGGUGAUGAUCUCGUUCAAGAUCGACAAGCAGCUGCAGACGAUCAGCAACUAUUUCCUCUUCUCGCUGGCCAUCGCGGACUUUGCGAUCGGCGCCAUCUCGAUGCCGCUCUUCGCGGUCACCACGAUACUGGGCUACUGGCCGCUGGGGCCGCAUGUGUGCGACACCUGGCUGGCCCUCGACUACCUGGCCUCGAACGCCUCCGUGCUGAACCUGCUCAUCAUCAGCUUCGACCGGUACUUCAGUGUCACCCGGCCGCUGACAUAUCGCGCCAAGCGCACGACCAACAAAGCGGCCGUCAUGAUCGGCGCUGCCUGGGGCAUCAGCCUGCUGCUGUGGCCGCCCUGGAUCUACAGCUGGCCCUACAUCGAGGGCAAGCGCACGGUGCCCAAGGACGAGUGCUACAUCCAGUUCAUUGAGACGAACCAGUACAUCACCUUCGGCACUGCACUGGCUGCGUUCUACUUUCCCGUUACGAUCAUGUGCUUCCUCUACUUCCGCAUCUGGCGGGAGACGAAGAAGCGCCAGAAGGAUUUACCCAAUUUGCAGGCCGGCAAGAAGGACUCCAGUAAGAGAUCCAACAGCAGCGAUGAAAAUACCGUGGUGAAUCAUACAUCGGGGGGUCUGCUGGGGUUCGGCCAGCUGGGCGGAAAUGAGCAUGAUACGUGGCGACGGCCGCGCUCCGAGAGCUCGGCGGAUGCGGAAAGUGUCUACAUGACAAACAUGGUCAUCGACUCGGGAUAUCACGGCAUGCACUCACGCAAGUCGAGCAUCAAGAGCACCAAUACAAUCAAAAAGCCAUACUCUUGCUUUGGCAGCAUCAAGGAGUGGUGCAUCGCGUGGUGGCACUCGGGCCGCGAAGACUCCGACGAUUUUGCCUACGAGCAGGAGGAGCCAUCUGAUUUAGGGUAUGCAACACCAGUAACAAUUGAAACUCCUUUACAAAGCUCCGUCUCCAGAUGCACCUCGAUGAACGUCAUGCGGGACAACUACUCGAUGGGCGGAAGCGUGAGUGGGGUGCGGCCGCCGAGCAUAAUGCUGGCGGAUGUGUCGCCGACGCCGCUGCGCCCGUCACUCAAUUCCAUUUCGCAGAUGCAGGUGCAGGAAAUGAACGCGACCGGCAAUGGCAACAACGGCAAUCUCAACAUCAACAUCAGCAUCAAUGCCGGCAAUGGAGCUGGGGGCGGCGGUGCUGCGGUCAGCAACAACAACAAUCUGAACGGGGGCAGCGCCAACAGCAACCCGAGCGCCAAUGCGCUGCGUGACUCACGAACGCUGCCCGUGAGCAAUCGCAUCGGCUCGCGCUCGGUUAGCCAGGACUCGGUCUACACAAUACUCAUCCGGCUGCCGCCAGAUGGCGCCAGCUCGGCGACCGGCAGCAGCGGAGUUGGCGGCGUCAACAAUGCCCUGGGCAACCAAGGCGUCCAUGGUGAUUGCGGGCCGUCCAUCAAGAUGAUACACGAGGAUGUCUCAACGGUGGGGGCAGGUAGCUUGGGAGUGGUCACGACUGCCCCACCACCCACGCGCCGCCCCUUGCCGUCGCGCGACUCGGAGUUCAGCCUGCCGCUGGGCAGGCGGAUGUCGCACGCCCCCCAGGAUAUGCGGCUGCUGAAUGCGAAGGUCAUACCGAAGCAGCUGGGCAAGACGGCGGGUCAGAAUGCGCUGCUGAACGCUCGCAACGCGGCCAAGAAGAAGAAAAAGUCGCAGGAGAAGCGACAGGAGUCGAAGGCUGCCAAAACGCUCUCAGCCAUUCUGCUCAGUUUCAUCAUCACGUGGACACCGUACAACAUUCUAGUCCUGAUCAAGCCGCUGACGACCUGCUCGGACUGCAUUCCCACCGAGCUGUGGGACUUCUUCUACGCCCUGUGCUACAUCAACUCAACCAUCAAUCCCAUGUGCUAUGCGCUCUGCAACGCCUCCUUCCGGCGCACCUACAUUCGCAUCCUCACCUGCAAAUGGCAGUCGCGCAAUCGAGAGGGAAUGGUCCGGGGCGUGUACAAUUAG